GUUUGGCGGUUGCAAAGAACUGUACCCCAGCACAGGACACGGAGUGCACCUGUGCAAAGAACCAUUUUUGCAAUUCUUCUCUGCCAUGUAGGCAUUGCGAUGCAUGUACUAUCUGUGAAAGCGGUGUCAUUGAAAAACCAUGUACUUCAACUUCAGACACUGUGUGUGGAAUGAAAGGCAGCAGAAAAUGGAAGCGUCACACUAGCAAGGAGAACCUAGAUGAAGUAGUCCCCAAACAAGAGGCUUCUUAUGAGAAUGUUCCUCUCAAAAACACAGAUAUUGACCUGAGUGACCUUGUUCCUGUUAUUGUGGAGGAGAUGACACUCACAGACGUCAAAACAUUUGUUCGGAGUCACAAAGUACCAGAACCUGUCAUAGAUCAAACUGUUCGGGAUUAUUGUAAUGAUACAUCUGAACAGAAGAUUAAGCUCUUUCAAGCCUGGUAUCAAAGACAUGGGUUAAAAGGAGCCUAUGGAACCCUAAUAAGAAGUCUGAGAGAGCUUAAAAUGUGCACUGCAGCUGAUAAAAUUGAGCAAAAGCUGAAGGCAGCUGUUUCUAGCUGUCAGGACGGGGGACAGUCUUAUAAUGAUGACAUUGAGCAAAGCAAAACCUGCACUGAGAAAGACAGAAACUCUUACAGUGAUAAUGCUGAGCUAAGUAAAACCUGUUCUGGAAGUUCGAGAAGAGAUAGCACAGAGUCAUUUGAAAAUGAUGCCUAA